AUGGAUGAAUUGCGCAACGCUAUUCUGGAAUUAACGAAAACUGUCGGUGAACUCACAGCAUCGCGCAGAAGUGAUGAAGGUACAGUUACGGCAGAGGGUCCGCGAAUGACGUCAACGCCAGCACAUAUGAGCGAGGUGGUCACAACGGCGCAAAGGCCAAAAGUGGCAGAACGAGGAAGGGCUAGCGGUUUGCAGGAAAUUUGUGGGUUGAUGCCAGAGUACGACCCAUUAAAGGGCRCGUUAAGCAGUGCAGUGUUCAUAGAGAAGACGGUACAGUUGCGUAGCGCAUAUGAAUUGACGGAGCAGGAAAUAUUGGUAGCAGCACAACCAAAGCUGAGAGGGGUCGCAAAAGAAUGGCUAGACGCCCAACAAGUAUUCCAAACGUGGGCUGAAUUUGUUGCAGCCUUUGAACGAGAUUUCCCAGCUACAAUGAUAUCAGCACAGGUGCACCGUGAGAUGGUACAACGGAAGCGGCAAUCACGUCAGACAUUUGAAGAAUAUUAUUAUGCCAUGUUAAGUAUUGGGCGACGGGGGAAGAUGGACGAGGAGUCCAUUAACUCGUACAUCAUCACGGGUCUAAACGACACAUCACUAACGCGCACGUUGUUGGCUCUAAAGGUGCCGACAUGCAACGAUCUUCUACAAUCCAUUAACGCGUUGGUCGCUAUACCAACUACCACGAAAGUAAGCAUGUCAGACUAUAGGACUCCAAGCGAGAUGGCCAACAAAACAACGGUCGAGAGGAAGCAGAUCAAAUGCUAUAAUUGCAACUCGUKUGGGMACAUUGCGGCUAAAUGUCCUCAACCUCCACGAAAACCCAAAUGUGCUCGGUGCAACAAGGUGGGGCCUGAAGCCAAAGCAUGUCCCGCCGAACGACCAACAGUGGCAAAGGUCAACGACGAAGUCAUCGUUGCAGUCAACCCAGCAAGCAAAGAAGUYAUGGUCAACGGGGAGCAAUACAGUGGUUUCAUCGUUACGGGUAGUGACUCCUCGCUUGUUGCGUCAUCUAAAGUGCCGCAUGACGCAGAGCGCCGAACUUCAGUAAAACGUCUUCUAGGAUUCGCCGGAGCGGUGGUGAACAGCACAGAACUAGCCAACAUCAACAUCGUCAUCGAUGGAAUUACGAUCUCGACAGCCUGCCAGAUCGUUCCAGAUAAGUUUAUGCCAUACGAUAUUAUUAUUGGUAGCGACAUUUUAUGCAAAGAAGGUUGCAGGUUAACCAUCGACUCUGGGGUCAUUCGAGUGCAUAUGUGCCAGACUAAUACGUUCAACAUCGACGAAGCACUCAAUCCAGAUGAAGUUAAAGAAGUCACCAGAGUGCUACAUAAGUACGAGAGUUGCUUUACGGAGACGUUGGUGAAUCUAUCGAGAUGCAGAACAACUAAAAUGGAAAUCUCUAUCAGUAGCGAUCAACCAGUCAUCGGUAGGCGCUAUCAAGUGGCGUUAAGUCAACGACCAACGUUAUCGAAAAUCAUCGACGAGCUGCUGAAGUGCGAUAUCAUCAGGCCAAGUUCAUCACCACAUUCGGCUCCAGUGAUCUUGGUAAAAAAAUCGAAUGGUGAAGACAGGAUGUGUAUCGAUUAUUGGGCACUCAACGCAGUGACAUUAAAGAACCACUUCCCAAUGCCGAUCGUCGAGGAGCAGUUGUCAAAGCUCGCCAAUAACCAUGUAUUUACCAUAUUGGACAUGACGGCUGGUUACAACCAGAUCCCUUUGACAGAAGACAGCAAACAGUACACCGCGUUCUUGACACCAGACGGGUUGUACGAGCACAACGUGAUGACAUUCGGGUUGCAUAAUGCGCCGAUUGUAUUGUAA